UAGCAGGGACUGAGCUGGAUGGCUGGCCCAUGUCCUCAAUUCUCACUGGCCGUGUGUGUGUAGUGUGUAUGUGUGUGUGCUUGGAUUGGUUGGUGGGACUGGUGUGGCGCCGCUGAGGCACGCUUGGCCGAGAGCCCAGAGCACUCUCUUGUGUAAUCACAACAUGAUCUCGUGUGCGAAGCGGCAGAGCCGGCUGGGAGAGGCCGGCAGAGGCCCCAGGUCCAGUUCUCCUCUGUUGGCUCUGGCUUCCCCGGGGAGCUGCUCUGAAAUACUCUCUGUGCCUGCUGCUGCUGGUGCCGCCGCUGCUGCUGCUGCUAUGUACCCGGCUGGGGCUGGGGUGGCUGACCCUCUGCUUCGCAAGAAAGAGCAGAAAGACGAAGAGCUGGACAGGAGAAUUGUGGCACUGAGAAGAAAGAACCAAGCGCUAUUGCGAAGGUACCAGGAGAUUGAGGAAGACCGGAGGCAAGCAGAGCAGGGUGGCAUGGCUGUGACUGCUCCUCGGCCACCUCGGGCAGAUGGACUCACCAUUACCAUCACCCAGGCUCAUAGUGAGAAGCGGGUGGUGAGUGAUAGGAGAGCAAGCAGUCAUCCCAACAGCCUGGGCCCAGGAGUGGACAAUGAGGAGGAGUUUGGGGAACAGGAGGAAGAAGAGGAUGAGGAGGAAGAAGAUCACACCUUUACCUUCCGGUUGGGGAAGAGGGUCCAGCUGGCAGUGACCAUGGAGAACAAAGCCAAGGGCAAGCGGAUUGUGUCAACCAAGGCUGGGAGCCAAGGGGAGGAAGGCCCCUCAAGAGGGGGUUCCAGUCUAGGAAGCCCCAUGCAAAUAGCAAUCACUAUGGAACCUGGACAAGAGGCUAUGGGGCCAGGGUCCCAGGAGUUGGGGAGGGAUUAUGCUCGAUGGAAGCAAGAGAGGGAGCAGAUUGACCUUGCACGCCUGGCACGGCAUCGAGAUGCUCAGGGAGAGUGGCGUCGCCCUUGGGAUCUGGACAAGUCUAAGCAUACGUUUCAGGAUGCCAGCAAAGGCAGAGAUCUGGGUGUGUCAGGGGGUAGCAGCAAAAAGGGACCCAGGAAUUACCGCAAGUUCCAGUCUCGGCCUUUGCCCUCUGAUGAAAGAGGUGGUGGUGCUCACAGUGGGAACCUAGGUAAACCCAAGGUGGUACCAGCCAUGAGCAGUAAAGCCCGUGGGAAGGACAGGCUAACUGGCCGGGCCCGCAGGUGGGAUACGAAAGAGGGAGAAGAACAAUCCUGUCCCAAGUUAGAGGAGUUAGAGAGUCAGGGAUCUCACAGCACAAAGAAGUCACAGAAUGAAGAGGUGAACAAACAGAAGCAAGGGAGUGUGGAACACAGUGCCCAGUGUGGUAUACAGGAACCCAGCACCGGCCCGUCCAGCCUGGAUGGGCACCAGAGAGAACGAGAAGACAAGCUCAGCACUGGCAACCCAAUGUCCAGUUUAGAGUCUAGGUCUUGCCGGAAGGUGGCACCUGUGCUUCCCUUCUUGUCCCCAGGAGAUGCCAACAGUCCUGUGCUCAAGACAAGUGGGAGCAGUAAGCCCACCACAGGACCUAGUGUCAAGGAGAGCAACCCAUUCUACUUUCCUGACAGUUUGGAGCAGGACAAGAAGCUAAACAACAACAUGGCAGAGUUGUGUCUCCAUGAGAGUCCCGAAGAGAAGAUGAGGUCUCAGGAGCCUACCGAGGAUGAUUCAGGACAGGCUGGAAUUCAGGGGCAGUUUGGCACAGUUAGACAGUCCAUCCAGAAAAACCAGCCAAAGGGAAAGAGUGACAAGAAGAGUGAUGAGCAGGACUGAGAUGAGCCUCAGAAGAUGAGUGAAGAGAGAAAAGCAGGAACUCCUUUGGGCAUCGCUAUCUAUGGUUAACUCCCUUGAGUACUUAGCAUUAUCCUUCUCUCAUGAAUCUCAUCAUUUAGGCUCUAGAUUUCAUCAUGUAUUUCCUUUUGCCAACUUUCCCCUCCUCAGCCUUGCCCACUGCUGUCCACCUCUGACUUUUCUAUCUUAGCUAUGCUUUUAACCUGCCAGGAGAGGUUUAUCCCUUUGCCAGAAAAAUGAACCUUGGACAGUUCAGAAGAUGUGGAGUCUUUCUGGUGCAUGAUUGAAGAGGUGGAGUGUGAGGGAUAGAAGGAAACUCAUGAUCCUUGUGUUGCUGGAUAUGCUACAGUAUGCUUGGGGGCCCUUGGACUUUCUCCCUUCUAGGAUCAUGGUUUCUGCUUUCAGGGUGUGGAAGAAUAAGCCUCCUGAAACGAAAUGUUGCCUUUAAAAGGUCUGAGUGUGACUGUGCUGGGGCCUUACAGUAGGGAGUGAGGAAAAGAUGGAAAAAACCCACCAUUAGAACUCUGGGAUUGGUGUGAGGGUAGAGUAAGAAAAUCAUUUCAAGGCUUGAGAUUUCUGUUCAUGGGGAAGUCAGGCCCCUGAGGGACAUAUUUUUGGAAUCUAGGAUAAGAUAGAAAACCCAGUUCCUAGUUGGGAACACUUGCUGGACAUAUAGAAUUCCCGUUAGUUGGUAUAAAGCAUUGGGAUUCCUCUCCCCAAAGGAAAACAUUGAUUUAGGAGGGAGCCUGGCCUUGAAUUCUGAUGACUUCUAACGACACCUGCCCCCAGGAAGCGGCUGACUAUCCAGAUGUGGUGUCUUCUUCAUUGAGAAAUUUGCGUGGUUGUGUCUGCAUGUGUGAUACUAUGGGGUGAGGGAUGUAGAAUAAGAAACUGUGAGCAAUGAUUUAAGUUUUGUUAGUGGGUUCUGAGCUGGAGGGACCCAGAGUAAGAGGGCAGUGAAGAGGUGACAUUUCACUUGAUGGCAGGCAGCAAUAUCAACUUUGCAGAGUAUUUCCCAAAAAGAUGUCAGGAGAAACAAUGCCACAGAUUCAGAUUUUAACCCACAUCAGAAGCUCAAGAGAAUGGUGAGUAGCUAUGGAAGGAACAUCCAGUAUCUCAGUUGAAGGGAAAUUGUAAUCUAGCACAAAUAAAAUGAAGCAUU